GGUCUGUACGUUGUGUUCAUUGUGAUCCUUACAGAUCAAAUUUGUUGUGAUCAACACAAAUAGCACAACUCUUGUAUCUGAAUUGUAUUGUGGUUUACGUUAUCAUUACCAAAUUACUCCUCCAAAGUAAUUCAAAAUGAUGCCUGCAAGAAUCGGUAAUAUGCCUAUUUCAUCAGAAAAUCCCCUAGGGCUUUCAUGGCACGACUCGGCUUGGAUUCCUUUAUUAACUCCUUCCAACAUAAUGGAUUAUUUUUCUGAGCGCUCUAAUCCUUUUUUUGAUCGUACCUGCAACAAUGAAGUGGUAAAAAUGCAGCGCUUGAGUAUGGAUCAAUUGCAAAAUAUGACAGGUUUGGAAUACAUACUGCUACACGUGCAGGACCCUAUUUUGUAUGUAAUUCGUAAACAACAUCGAUAUGGACCAAAUCAAGCUACUCCAUUAGCUGAUUAUUACAUCAUAGCAGGCAUUGUUUAUCAAGCCCCUGACCUAGCAAGUGUAUUGAACUCUAGAUUGUUGUCAGCAGUGCAUCACCUACAAUGUUCUUUUGAAGAGACUAUGUCAUACUCAAAAUAUCACCCUAGCAAAGGUUACUGGUGGGAUUUCAAAGCAACAAAACCAGGUUUAGGGCCAUUUAAUGCGAACCAAUCAGCUCCUAAAGAAGUAUCAAACACUCCAAAGGAAGAACCAUCAACAUUGUUCCAACGUCAAAGAGUAGAUAUGUUGCUAGCUGAACUUGUUAGACAAUUUCCUUUACCAAUAGCACAAACUACACCCAAUCAGAUAAAUGGUGUAACAAUAAAGAGUGAAAACCAAAAUGAUAAAGAAAAAACAUCAGAUAAUGGCAAUGUGAACAACAUAACAAUAAAACAAGAACCAGUAGAUCCAAACAGUGCAGAUAUUACCAACGGCAGUAUGACAGGACAUGCUGAAAUUAAAAGUGAAGUCAAGCAAGAAAACAUGAAACCUCCUCCAGAAAAAAAACCAAGAACAGUCUAAGUUAGGUACUUAGAGUGUUCUUGGUUUUUUUAUUUAAUUUAUUAUUGUAAAUGACAAAGUAGUAUAGUAGAAUAAUAUUUUUUAAUAUAUUAGCUUUAGAUUAUGUAUAAGAUUAUUAAGAUUAGAUCACUUAAAUUAAGUUGAAGUUGCUGUAUUGGAAUACAAAGGUACAUCUACCUGUACACAUUAAUUUUUCUUAAGAAUUAUUAAUUUUUUCUAUUAAGUUUGGAGUUAAAUUCGUUAUUAUUGAAGCUAGAAGAUUGAAACUUAUUUUCGAUGCUGUUGAUUAAAUAUAAAUGAAUAUGACAUACUAAGUUUGGAAAAAUCUUACCCUUAGGGGGGUAAAAUAAAAUAGGGCUAGAUAGAGGCUGUUGAUUAAAUAUAAAUAAACAGGCCAUCAAAGUUUAUUAAUGUUACCCUUAAGAGGGUAAUAUAAAAUAGGGGAUGAAAGUUUUUAUGUAAAUUCGUCAUUUUUGAAGCUAGAAGCUUGAAACUUAUUUUUGAGGCCGUCGAUUAAAUGUAAAUGAAUAUGACAUUCAAAGUUUGUAAAAUAUUACCCUUAAGGGGGUAAAAAAAUAAAAUAGGGGAUGAAAGAUUUUAGGUAAAUUCGUCAGUUUUGAAACUUUUUCCAUUGGCUUUUUUGGGUUAGUUUAUAAAAUACCCCACUAAUAUUAUAAAUGUGAAAGUAACUUUAUCUGUCUGUCUAUCAGUCUCACUUACACGCCAAAACUACUGAACCGAUUUAAAUGAAAUUUGGAACACAUAAUCCAGACCCUGAGAAUGGAUAUAGGGUUUUUUAAAUGUGGAAAAGGGUUGUA